AUGACAUACAAUGGGAGGGCUAAUGAAGCCUUGGAGCAUGCGCUGAAGAAGGCUCAUGAGAAGUGUGCUGGAAGUCUGGGGAGGUAUAUCUCGUUCGAUAUACAGAAUUCAGGGAUUCGCAAGGUUACGUUGGAGGAGCUCCUCGAGUACUGCAACAAGUGGUAUGAUAAGGAGAUUGAUAAAUUUGAGGAUGCCUGGAAGCCGGAGAUAGGCCCCCACAAGGACAGUGGCGGGCGUGGUUGGCAGCCAGAUAGGUCGGGUAUACAGCUGUUGAGUGGACACUACUGCGGGGUGUGGGGUGUCAAGGUCCAUGGGCGCAUGGAGAGCGUUCGGGCCAUGGCCGUCAUUGCUGCGGGCUUCUCCCUCAACAUCCCGCCCGAGGCAGGCCCAUGGGACUAA